AUGAACGUGCUUCAAAAUCUGUUUGUACAAUCUCAAAUAGAACGUACAGAUAAUAACGUGUACCAACAUGCAAGUUUUACAAAUUUCUCAGAAAGUAUAAAUGCGGAAGUAAGGAGCGCGAUUAGAGUGCUACAUGGCUGGUGCCCCAGGCCGCCCCAGGGGCACCGCGGUGACACGGUCCUGAUGUCACCACAGACCCAAAUGCGAGGAAAUCAUAGAAACGCAGGACCAACGCAGCAACCACCGCCAGCCACUGUUGUAGUCAGUUCAACGUCCAGUAUGAGACCACCGCCGCCGCCGCCGCCCCCCAGAGCCAGAGCCUCGAACGAGGGCAAGGGCCACCACGAGGAACCUACCAGCUCCAUUCCCGAUCUCGGUAAGUUAUACAUUUUUUUUUUUUUUCUCCCUUUCCACUCUUCCCCCCUUCUAUUUUACGGCUAUAUUUCAUUGGACAAUUAAGGGGAGUUGUUACGUGAUUCUUUGCGGUAUAAAGCGAAGCAUUGAAAUCUCGGAUAUAGGUAUCAUUUUCAUCGUGUGUAUCAUUUUAUUGUGUGUUUCGCGGAUGAGGCGACGUCGUCACUUCGAAACUUGAAAAUUCAAAACUUUUCAACGAGAGGUCGAUAUAUAAAAAAUUACGUUGCACGCUUCAUUCUGCAAUUGAAGCCUUUGGUGAAACUUUGAACAAAGUUUCUCUUUAUUAUUGCUUUAUCGUUUGAUAGGAACGGAAAUUUCUUUUGUCUUUGAAAUAGGUAGAAUGGUGAGACAAAUUGUAACCAAAACUAUAGGUAAAUGUCAUUGAAAAUAUUGCAUAUGAAAAUCAGGAUAAAAAAACAGUAUAAUGUUCUAAUGUUUAAAGUUUGAUUAGUGUCAAACGUGGAUUUUUAAUUCUCGACAAUUUAUUUCGCUUUCAACGAAAAUACACAAAUAAUAAUGAUUAAAUUUGGAUUUUGAGCCUUUCUUACUUAUCGAAAUGCGCAGAAAUGGAUAAUUUCGAUUGAUAUUAUUAAUCUGGUUCUUUUUUUUUUUUAAUGAUAUGGCGCCUUUUACGGUAACGAUUGCAAAAAAUCGAUAUACACUUAAGACACAUCGCUUUUUUGUACGUAGAAAGUGGAGUAGUUUCAUCGGGGCGAUGAUUUACUGUUAACGAUCGAGCCGAUUGGUCCAGAGCGUGUAAAUUCUAGAUAUCCGUAAGUUACCCGACAAGUUUCUCAAACCUUGAAUUUUAAUUUGAAUUUAAGUGGACUGUCUGUGUAUCAGAAGUUUUUUACGUUCGUUUCUGUUCGACUCGCCAUUCCGAAAUCAUGAAACGUGGCAAAAGUGAAAAAUCUGUCAGGAAUGUUUGGAAGUUCUCGAUUAAUAAACAUUUUAAGUUAACUCUUUAUAAACAUCGUGAUAUGAUACAAAUAUCGAUGCGAUAAAUUUUAUCUUUGGAUUAUUCAAAUUCAGAUGGUAAUGUUCAAUGAAUUUACAAUGUCAAGAAAAUCAAAACCACUGAUCGGAAGAUAACACGUGUUUAGAUUGGUAAGAUUCGAACGAAUAUCUUCUAACGAGAUUUUAAUUAAUUAUAGUUGAAAAUUUCCAUUACCUUGCCCAAGAUAGUUAG